AGCGAAGGGUGGGAAACUCUUGGGGCGCGAGGGGGGUGGGAUGGAAGGAGCUGCCUGAGAGACGCAAAGAAAUGGUUGCUUCAAGGAGCGUUGAGGCUGGAAGGGGCCACGUCCAUGGAGCAGGGGCGUUUUUGCCUACAUUUUACCGUGCCGGGGGGUGCGUCGGCAGGUGGUCGAGGUUUCUGGGAGGGUCUCCAGAGGUGUUGGCUGGGCCAGGCCGCUGGUCUCAGCCCUGUAGGGAGCGGAGGGUGCGACGGCCUUGAACUCCUGCAGGCUUGGGGGCGAGUCUCCCCUCCCACAGAUAGCUCCCCCGUUUUGUCCUGCUGCAUAGGCGUAGGGCACCCACGGCGGUGAGGCAGAGGGGAGCUCUGCGCUGGGCUCUGGGGCAGGAGACAACGUGCUCAGCCUCCCUCGGAGACUCUGCAUCCUCCCGCUGCUGCUUUGCCAGGCCACGUGGAGAGCCAGGAGCGUGGAGCCCUGAGUUUUACUUUACUCCAUCUCUGCAGGUAGCAGAGCCUUUGUAACCAGCCCCCAGCCCCCACCGCCACUCCCGGGGGCUCUUAGAGCCGCUCGAUAAGUGGUGCCUUUAAGAGGCAUUUGAUUCCUGUGAUAUUGUUGUGGUUAAUGAAGGGGAACUAAGGGAGAGAUAUAUUUGCUGGAAGGAGUUAAAGGCAAAAAAGUUUCCCCCCAUUGCUUUUGUCUGUGGCUGCCGCUUUGAUGGGCUUUUGCCUUUGACAGAUCUGCAAUAAAGCAAAGCUCCUUGCUGGUCCCUCCACAACAGCUCCCACCCUCCCCUUCUGCAGAUGUCGGAGUGAAAGCCCAGGAACUUCCCAAGCUUGGAGGGAGCUGCUUGCAGGAAGGGGUGGGGGGAGGCACUGGGGGUCUCCCGGCCCCCACUCCCCUCCCUCCGCCAUUCCCACACGAAACCAGCCCUAAUGAAAACAAGUUGGUCAGCAGCAAUCAUAGCCAGUGAGCUCAAGGCUGCAGAGCGGGAGGCGGAGGAGGAGGAGGCUGGGCUCGCGCAGACAGUCCCAAGGAGACAGAAGAAACUGGGCAAGGACCAAGGAGCUCAGGACAGCUAACUUUUAAACUUCCCCCCCUCCUCCUUCUUACGGUCCUGCAAGCCCUGCGCACAGAUCCCGCUGACGGGAGGGUGCUGGGAGACGCACACGUCUGCCUAGCCCCCAGCUGAGUCCCAGGCGCACCCUGUAGGGACAUGGCCAACCCAGUGACCCUCUGCGGGCUUCUGCUCCUACUGGUGCCCCUUUGCACCACGCGGUCAACGCCCUUGCAGACAACGGUGAUGAAUGACAAUGCAGGCAGCGGGGACAAUGAGGAGGUCUUUGCCAUGUCCUCCUCGCCCAGUGUGACUUUGGGCGUGAGCCCCACGGCCAAUGGGAUUGCGGUGACCUCUGUCAACAGCACCUCGCAGUCGAAUGACAUCGUCACAGGGAUCAUGGACUUUGUGAAAGAAUACAUGCUGCUGAUUAUUGUGGUGGGGUCCUUGGUUUUUGUGCUGCUCUUCAUUUUAUGUGCAGCUGCCAUAGUCAGGCAGAAACACAAGGCCUCGGCGUACUACCCCUCUUCUUUUCCAAAGAAGAAGUACGUGGAUCAGAAUGACAAAGCGGGUGGUGCCAAAGCCUUCAGUGAAGUCCCCGAGAAGGCCUCCGAUGCCCACUCUGAGGAGCCAGUGGAUUCUUCCAAGCAGCUGCAGGCUGACAUUUUAGCUGCUGCCCAGAAUCUCAAGUCCCCAGCCAAAGCCUCUCUGGCCAACGGAGACGGGAUGAAAAUGGAGGACAAGCCGCCCAAAGACAAGGAGGAAGGAGCCAAAGUGGAGGACGACAAAGAGGAUGCCGAGUGCAUUUCCAAAGAACCAGAGGCCACUCUGGAGAAAACCGAAAGUGGGAAGGAGACGCCAGUCCCCAGCUGCACAGCAGAAACCAAGGCCAGGGAAGAAGAGCCACCAUCUGCUGAGGAAGGCCAGCCUGCUCAGGAGCCUGCCACGUCCUCACCCGAGGAGCCCAAAGAUGACUGCCCUGGGGCGGCUGCCGAGUCCGUUGCGCAGACCACUGAGCAGGAGCAGCAAGACCCGGCAGCCCCCGACACCUGCGCCUCGGGUGUCUAAUGGAGGAACUUGAGCCCUAGAGCAGCAGACCUUUGUUCCUGAUACGUGCUGCAGGAACAAACGGGCGCUGUUUGAUAGCGUUGAAUCAGAGAUCUCUUACACGGACGACAGCCUGUGUUGUUUUGUAUUAAGCAGGCAAAAUAGAUGAGGCUCUUGGGCCACAGGGUGUUCUGCCCAACUGUAAUAUCAAAACCUAGUAGAUUUAGUACACUGUGUCUUACCUUGACAGGCUCUUCAACUCCUGCAUAAUAACUUAAUAGCGUGCACUUACAGUAAGUCCCUUGGUGGUGGUGAGGGAAGAGGUUUGGCCAAACUCUGGGGUCCGCACUCCUUAUUUCAAAUGCAGAAUGGAAUAGUUCUAAUAGUGGCCUUCAGUGAUAUUUAGCAAGACCUGCCAUUUACAUGUUACAUCCUAGCAUGUGCUUGCAUUGUGGGUUUCCUUGCCCAUCUAUUCAAGAAAACCCAAUGCUAAAAGCUGUGCAAGCAUCUGAGAAUUUGGAACUCUGUGGGGGAAUUUUGCAGCCUUUAUUUAUUAGGCUUAAUUAUAGUUCCCAAAGACGCCUCCACUCCUCCAAAAAUUCCUGCCCAGGCAUAUGCAUUGAAAGUCUGGGGGGCCCUCAUGCAUACACCACGAUCCAGGAGGAUCAAUGGUUGCCACCAUUUCCCAAAGAAUAUCCAGGCCAUUUUCUGGGAUGAUCGGGUCUGUUUGAAGUAAGAUGUGACUUGCCCUCUAGCAAGCAUUAAAGUUGUUGUUAUUAGAUGGAGGACUUUUGGCUGGGAAAGAACUUCUCUGUGCACAGUGGUGCUUGAUGGGUAUCUGCAACACAAUUUUCCAGGCAAACCUGGAAAGCAGGGGAUGUUUUAUUAUAUGCUGGGCAGCUGGACCAUGUAAGGCCACCAAAUGGUGAAGAGUCUUGUUUUAAAACAUAACCUCAGACUUUUUGUCUGUCAUUGUAAAGGCUUGAUCAAUAUUUAUGACCUUCUUUGAUUUUUUUUCCAUACAUUCUGAUUGUCAAAGCACUAUAAGAGGGAACAUGCAACUCUUUGCAGAUAUAUACAAUUGACACUUUUGUUAUAAUCAUUUCCUUUGGCCUCUAUAUUUUGUUGCAGUGUACAGUAAUAAUAAUUAUAGAUUAGAAAGAGCAUUCUGUAUUAUAGCCACUGUUUACCUGUUCCAUGAAGAUGACUCGCAGAAAUAUAUUUUACUCAGGGUCUCUGUUGAUAAAGUAAAGCUAAAGAAACCCCCCUUGCCAGGAGGUACUAGCUAAAGAAGGGAGGAAGGAAAGGAAUUAAAUGGAGAGGGAAAAAAAGAGUUAUCCUUCGAAUUUUUAUGCCAAAAUUCCAAUGAUGUCUUAAGACAAACAACCCACCCCCUAAAAUUGCAGUGUUGUUUUCUUCUUAUCCCUCAGUUAUAAAUAAAGAUUUUUUUUCUAUGCA